CCACGCAUGCGUGGAAGAGUAACUACAACAAACAUGGCGUGCGGUGAGUGAGUGACUGGAAUUUCUUGCUUCGUGUACACUACGAGUCACAGAGAAAUAUAUUUCUUUCUCUAUCGAACAAAUACAAGCAGGAAAAAAGAAUCUGUGCUGUCCUCUCCAAGACCUCGUUUCCCUGUCCACUUUCCCCCCUUCGUCCCGUAACCAGUCGCAGAAACCUCCAGCGUUGAUCACCAUGGCAACCCCAAACCCCACUGUUUCGUCUGAAGACGACGACUGGGACGAUUACCUCCAUGGGAUGUUCAAGAAGCUCAAGAUGGAUCCAGAGAAAGUGAAAGGCGCCACCAACUAUGGCACCGCUGCAUCGAAGCCAAGCUCCAGAUGGUACAACCAGACUGUCAAACCGUCAAAGAAAACCCGCAAAUCUCUUGCCCUGAGGAGCUCCAGGAACCGGCUGAGUCCCUACAGGAGCCUUCUGACUUGCCACGGAGGAAAGGCCACGUGUGAGAGUCCGCUGAUACGAAGCAGUACGUUUUCUGCUCAGUCUGAACAGGGCGGUCGGCUAGCACCCGGCAAGAUGUGGUCCGAUGCUGGGAACGUUAAAGUGAAGUUUGCUUCCGGUUUGGGAAAGUGCACUUGCAGCAAGCGGGAAGUGCCCUGUCGAUGCGACGCCAAGGCGGACGGAACCCUGUGUAAGUGCGGGAAGAAGGUUUCCACGUGCCGCUUCGGUAGCAUGUGCAAGUCCAAGCUUUUAACGUUCAAAACACUGGCCACCAUCGUGGAGGAAUCUGGUGAAGUGGCCACGAAAGAGAAACGUAGCGAAAAGAAAUUGUUUUCAGCUGCACCUCCUUGCAAGGGAGGCGCUACGAGCGACGUGGUGAGCGAGAAAGACGUCUUUACCGGUGCUUCUACCCUCCUACACUUUUCAAACUAUCGUGCAGGCACAGGUUUCAAUUUUUCACCAAAGAUACCCUUGCCUGUUCCGACAAUCUCAACUCCUUAUCCAUCUCAGAGUGCAGUGGGGUCAACUGGCAGGACGUCCAACAUGCCCAGUCGCGUCCUAGCCCGCCCGGAGUACUCGUGUUCGCAAGAGGCAAGAAUGGCCAUCGACGGUCUUCCCGAUGAUACUUCAGUUGACGACCUGGCAGGCUAUUUUGAUAGCAUCGUGUACAUUCCGCGAAAAAUGUCGGCUAUGGCGGAGAUGAUGUACACAUGACACCAGUGAGCGGUAGUAGUUUGGCAGCUAGAUUCUCUUUUAUUUUCUACGCUUACAUUUUAUUGCGUUUAUUGAGUACUUGUAUGUAUGUAACAGAGUGAUUAUACACAAAGAAUAUCAAACUUUAAAACAUCAGAGUCAAGAAAUUAAUUUGUUGGGUUGUGUUUCUGUCAUCUUAAGUUGAACAAAAAAGUGAAUUCUUAGUUUCUUGCAGCUCACUGUUUAUGAACAGUUGAUGAUAUGUAUUUCUUGAGGGGAAUGGGAUAUCACUGUUCAAAAAUAGUCGGUGAGAGGAAUUUGAGCCCUUUCUGUGUUGGAAGUGUCGUUGACCAGUGCCAAAUCCUCAACCAACUCUCCCCUACCCCCCCCCCCCCUUCUGAACUGUUCAGUUGAACAACACUGAUUUCUUCUUUCGAUGAAUAAGCCGCUUAUGGCUUUGAAGAUAGUAUCUGUGCAUGGGCAGAUAAAUGUGAUCUGUACUGUAAGACCCCAUCAAGAUGACGGCUAGAUACGCGUUCAUUAAAGUUAUGUACGGUAACCAUUAUUCAUUUAUGCACCGGUAGUAUAUUCUAUCUAUGAUACACAGGUGGAAGUAUUCCUUUCAUGGCGUCCAUCAUAGAGCACCUCCAUCACGUUAGCUGUGAUUAUUCUAAAAUGCACAUACAUGUAGUGGGACGUCUCCAUGUUUAAAAGGUCUGUGGGCAUUUGGGUGUCAUUUGUAUAAGUGCUAUCUCCGAAGUGGCUCAUUAUCUGAUUCCAAUAGGGAUACUGUACUACCAAUCACUUGAAAAAGUAGUUUGUGAAUACCUUGGAUGUACUGCAUAAGGGUAAGUAUAUGUUUAUGAUUACAGAGUAUGAA